UUUCUUCACCAUACGUAUUCCACAACGCCCACGUUCGCGCACGGCGAAACGGCGCGAGAUCUCAGCAACAUGAGUAGAGGGCAGCUUCCAGGUGGAGUCUUGUCGUGGAUGUUAACCUUGACGUUUGCUUCCGCCUUUUUUGGGGCCGCUUGCAGCACCCCACUGCGUCGCCAACUCCCCCAUCUGUGUCUCUGACGCUCUCACCAUGUGGCCAGAUGACCAUUACCGAGCAUGGUACUACUGGUCAAAAUUCAUAACAGCCUUUCUUCCUCUCCAUGUUCUCCAUGGAUUUCUAACAUGCAGUGUCAUUGGAAAGUCUUGGCCAAAGCGUCCAAGGUUGCAGAGAGGUAUCGGGUCCCAGCCAGCCAAAGAAACACAUAGGUUGGGUAAGUUGUAUCGCAGAGAUUGCGUCCCAACAAAAGGCUUCGGUACCGCCAGUUUUUAAGGUAAAUUACCGCUAACGGUCUCACCAUUUGCCCACCAUACACUUGCACAUGUCACAGAUACCGUAUCCGCAUUUCGUU